UCACCCUGACAAUCAUGAUAAAACCGCUGGCUGUUAGAACAACGUACUAGAAUCAGUGAAGGCGACAUGAAGUGACUAGAUGGAGCUGAAUUAAUUGAGUCUUCAUUCAGAACUGGAAAAGAAAUCUGCAAAUCCACAAUGUCUAUUUCAACUGAUCUUCUGAAGGAAAGCUCAUCACAUGAGCAUAUGCAAGGGAAUGAUCAUUUUGAUGCCUGGGAAGUUGUUUUCCACAAGAGGAUGGAGGUGGUUACUGCAGCCUGUUCUGACUUUAGCAACACCAAAGGAUCACAGAAGAAAGUACAGUCUCUUUUGGACAGUCUCGUGGGGGAGCCUAAGAAAGGAACUGAUGUCCCCAAUCACCUUCUGGAAUCGAAGAUUUAUACAAAGCUUGUAAGAAAUAAUGUCAUACAGGCUAAACCUUCCAUAAUGCAUUAUGGAGGGUAUGAAAUAGAAAAACAUCACCAACAAGUUCUGAAACUUGUGAAUAUUUCAGGUGAUGUUAUAAAUGUCCAUAUUAUUCCACCUGAGACGAAGUAUUUCCAGAUCAAAUACAGCAAAAUACAUCGACUUGUCCCUGGCUUGUCCUUUACAAUUACGGUCGAUUUCUGCCCUGAUGAAUGGCGAUACUAUUAUGACUGUAUCCGAAUCCAUUCUCAGGGAGACGACACAUUGCUGGUUCCCCUACAUGCCUAUCCUGUGAUGAAUACUGUAGAAUUUCCGUCCUUCAUUAGUUUAUCUGAUGUUCCUCUGGGACAAUGUAAAGAAUAUGUGAUCCCCCUGCAGUGCAGCUGUCCCAUAGAUUUUGAGUUCCACUUUGAGUAUCUUCAGCCUCACAAAGCCUUUGCUAUUCAUCCAAUAUCUGGGAUGAUUCCUGCCAAUGGGAAAGCAGAAGUGAUAGUUAAGUUUGCACCAUUUGAAUAUGGAACAGCCCAGAUGAAAAUACAAUUGUGGAUUUCACAGUUUAAUUCAAAACCUUAUGUAUGUGCAUUCACAGGAACAUCAACACCACACCCUAGUUUAAUGAAACAAGAUUUUGAGAAGCAAGAAGCAGUUUUGGAGAAAAUACCGAAGUCUCCUGAAAAAGUAGUGGUAUGCCUACAGCAGAAGACAAUAUCACCAAAACUUGAACAGUGCAGCCCCCUACAAAAAGUACAGGCCAUUGAAUAUAAAAAAUUGCGCUUUCCAGCUGAUUUGUCAAAUCCUUAUGCUGUGGCAACUGUUUUGAUGCAGGAACCAGGCAAAUUAAAUAUUAAAUACUUAAGAGAAGUCCUAGGAGGACAAGGUGAUGGAGGAGCUAGAACAAGGCAAGUGAAAGAAGCUGUUUUUGAAUUGAAAGUAAAACAGGACAUACAAGAAGAAAUAACCAAUCAGCUUAAAUGGCAAGUUCAUUUAGGCAAAGAUCCAAUUUGUCCAACUUUUCAAAAGCAAAUUCUUGAGGACCGACAGAGAGAAGAAGAACUGUACAAGAUUAAAAGAGGAGAUCCCAUUAUGGAGAAGGAGUUUCAAAGGAAGAAUGUUGAAAUCUCAGUCAAACGUGUCAUCCGAAACAUCAGCGAGUGCCCAAAAUUCCAGCCCACAUUUGAUCUCCUGCUUAACAACCCUUGGUGUCACAGGCACUGUAAUCUGCGACGGUUUCAACAAGCUGCACGUAAGAUCUUGAUUCAAUGCCGGCUAAAUCGUGUGCUAUAUUUGCUACAUGGAGCAUAUAAGGGUAUUAAAUAUCAAGAAGAGGAAGAGGCAUUCAUGUCAGAAAGCAGCAUUCUCAAAACAGUCAGCACAACAGCAAUAAGUGAUGAGGAAAAGAAAGUGCCUUUUGUCUUGACUGCAGAUCGCAUACUGCCUUCUGAAUUCCCCACUUACAGUUCACCUCAGUGGGCUGAUGAGCUGGCACCUGCGAUUCUUGGUAUAGUUCCUGUCAAGUCUGCAAAAGUUAAGAUUAAACAACUUCAUCACUUCCAUGAACUAAAGGUCCCUCAGUAUUUCAUCCUCAUGGGAUAUCAGCCAUUUUGUGUGCAUCAUUCAGCGACCAGUUACAAAGUUCUAAAAUAUUCUCAAACUCUGAGGACAGGUGCGCAGGAAGAAUUGAUCCCAGUAAUACCUGACUCAGAAGAAAAGCUCCAACUGACUGCACAGGAAGAAGAACCGGACAGCGCCUUGUUAAACCUCAAAGCUCCUGAAGCUUUGGUUCAUCCUCCAAGUGAUCAUCCACUUGAAAUCUUUAAUCCAUGUCCAGGGCUGUAUGAGUUCAAGGCACCAUUUCCCUACUCUGAAAGUAGCAUUGAAUAUCAUAUUUGUCCUGUUCCAAAAUAUGCACUUACCAGGCAAUUCCCACUAAAAUCCACCGUGCCGGUUACACAAAAGAAGUUCCUCCAUCACAGGGAAGUGAUUCACAGUGUAACCAGCUGGAGAAAGUUUCCAUCAGUUAUCUUUUCAACUUUACCUAAUGUACCUGCUCUGAACAGCAUAUCAGUGCCAUUCUGCACUGAUCCCUAUAACGAAGACAUGAUUCCAAAAGCUGUACCUCCAUUUCUGCAUAAUUUACCAGAGGAUGACGAGGAAAAUGUAAUUGACGAAGUGACUGAUGUGGAGGCUCCAGUCUUGCUUACACCAGAGAUGGUAAAAGCUGAAUUUCCACAGAUUGACCUCUCAGCUGAUGAGAGUAGAUCCCAAAAGGAAGGAAGUGAAAUAAAUGUAGAGCUUAAAGUUGCUUCUUGCACUUCUCUGAAUACUUCUGUACCUGUUUCCAGAGAUGUGAGAGACGUUGUGGACUGGUAUAUUCAAACUCAGAGCAACAUUUUCGGACGAAGGAUAAGUGAAAGCAUGGAGAAACUGAAAGAAAAGGCCCUUCAGAAGAACCUAAUCCUGAACUAAAUGCUGUCUCUUUGGAACAUCGCUUCAGUUUUGGUUAAAUAUUUUCAUGCAUCAGCUAAACUUUCUACAUUUGUAUGUAGCAUAGUUUCUGUGAAAAUACAAGCCACACACUGUUAUAAUUUCAUGUGAGGUCCAUUAACGUUGCAAAUUAUGUCAUGGGCCCAUUUCCCCUCCGUAACUAUAUUGGUGCUUCAGAAAAUGGGUCACAUACCAGCAAGCUUCUGAGGCCAGCUUCACCCUCUAGCAUAAGGAAGAAAUCCCAAGUGAGCAUUCAUCAGUGGUGGAAUGCCAUUUUGACCUAUACAAAACUAACUCUGAAACUCUCUGUCUAGCCUCUAUGACAACCAGUGUUGCUGUGUAUAUAUUUGCUAAUAUAAAAGUUUAGUGCCUAGCCCACCUGUGCAUACACACACACAUGCAGAUUAUUUUUAUAUGCUCAUAUGUAUUUUCUGAUAAAAUGUACAGAAACCAGUAUGCUCUAUAUUUGAGUUCAUUGCUUUCUGUUAUAUAGUGGAAGUAUGGCAAUUAUAAACUGGAUCACUGUCCCGUAGACUCCACCCUAGACUGUGUGGUUCUCUGUUCAAAGGGGCACUGUUUCCCUCAGCAGUUUGCAGGCACACAGGUAGGGUAUCUUAGGCAUAAUGAGUUAGGAAUCCCAAAGUGAAGAGGAUUGGAAGCUAAUGGUCACAUUGGUCCUGUCAUGGACCAAUCCAGGACCUGUUUGGUUGUAUAUGUGCAGGAGCUGUCUUGUGGCAGCCAGUAUAAAUAGGAAGUUUGAUUGGAAACAGGAACUUAGCCAGAAGAAAUGUCAUGUAAACUAAUGUCUGCAAAUAAGUGUUCUAGUGUUAAAACAAAUCUGCCUCAUUUCCCCCAUGUUUUUAAUUGAACUAAUUUGCAAAUCAGUUGUUUUUCUCUGCAUUGUCUGCUGGUUCCUUUCUCUUUCACCUAGAUGUUUUAUUAGCUAGUGUAAUAUAAUUAAAACUCCAAGUCAUGCUUUUUCACUGACACCCACAGUUACAUAAAAAGUGGGGAUUUAUGAUCUUUAUUAAUUUAAAUGUGUCUUUUGAAAAUUGGAAAAAUACUAAUGUUUUUCAUAAGCCGCUGUCCUUGGAAAAGCAUCUGACAUCAAUAUUCUUGUUUAUAACAACAUAUAUUGCCAGUGUCUUAAAUUAAUUAGGCUUUAUGGGACUGUGGAGAGAAAUUGACUCAUCUUAUGAAAACAGAUUUAAAAUCUGAGACAGGACACUUAAAUAAAAUAACAAAUUCUAGUCAGUACUCAGAAUAAAUUAACUAAAGCUAGAAAAUGUAAGAUUUAUACCUGCAUGUAUAUUACUAACUUUCACUACACUAGAUUAACAGUUCAAUGUGUGAACAGAUUACACCGAAAAGCAUAGCAUUUUAAGGUGAUGCGAAGAGAGAAAAAUUCUAUUUGUGGCAUUGUAUCUGUGAUUGUCCAUUCAAAUAUGCAAGUCACCAUGUGCUGAAUGCAUUUUGACCCAGCAUUCAGAGUCCCUGAAAAUUUAGAAGUAUUUCAUACUGGAUUUGCAUAUUUAAUUUCUU